GUUUGGCACUUCCGCUCAGGCCCACCCACCCCAUUGAACCUCAUAGAAUCCCAAUCCAACAUUUGAAGGAACCGGAGCAUGGAGUUCUUACAGACACAGGAGAAUCAAUUACUUGUGGGUGUGGCUGUCUCUGUCGCAGCCAUUGGCGUCGCCGCUUUCUAUCUCUAUUCUUCCGGGAAGAACAGAGGUUGCUUGGACCCAGAGAAGUUCAAGGAGUUUAAGCUUGUUAAGCGCCUACAGCUGAGCCAUAAUGUGGCAAAGUUCACCUUCGCACUACCAACGCCUACUUCAGUUUUGGGUCUUCCAAUUGGGCAACACAUAAGUUGCAGGGGUAAGGAUAGCCAAGGUGAAGAGGUUAUCAAAGCAUAUACACCUACUACUUUGGAUUCCGAUGUUGGACAUUUUGAACUAGUUAUAAAGAUGUACCCACAAGGAAGGAUGUCUCACCAUUUCCGUGAGAUGCGUGUUGGUGAUUAUCUUUCUGUCAAAGGGCCCAAGGGACGUUUUAGGUAUCAACCUGGUGAGGUUAGAGCGUUUGGGAUGCUUGCUGGAGGGUCUGGAAUCACUCCAAUGUUCCAAGUUGCUAGGGCCAUCCUAGAAAACCCAACAGACAACACCAAGGUGCAUCUUAUCUAUGCCAAUGUCACAUAUGAAGACAUUCUUUUGAAGGAAGAACUGGACCGUCUCGCUGCUAACUAUCCUGGUCGUUUCAAAGUAUAUUAUGUCCUAAAUCAGCCUCCGGAAGGAUGGGAUGGUGGUGUUGGAUUUGUAUCAAAAGAGAUGAUUCAAGCGCACUGUCCUCCUCCUGCACAUGAUAUUAAGAUACUGAGGUGUGGCCCACCACCCAUGAACAAGGCUAUGGCUGCUCACCUUGACGCCCUUGGAUAUGACCCUGAUAUGCAGUUCCAGUUCUGAUUUCUUUUUUCUUUUGUCAUUCUAUUGAUGGCCGGGGGCGAAAACAUUCACCAUUUUUAUGUUUUUCUGCGUUUUGAAUUUGCGAAGCGUGGUACUGACCCUGAGAGGGCUAGAAUUAGAAUGUGAAAUAAAUGAUUAUCCCAUGAUGAGGUUUGAGACACUGAAUUUGACUUGAAUGUUGGUUGCACAUUGAAUGAGAUUCGAUUUGCUAGAUUUUAGAAGGGUGGGA